UGUAGAAAAUCAGUUCAACCCGAACAUCCCAAGCUACAACAUCGCAAGCGAUCCCAGUCGUGUGUGAAUAAACCUACCAAAGAAUCAUAUCCAAGACAAUGGUGAAAAGUGUGAAAAUGGAAUUCAAGAGCAACUUCUCCAUCGACGCCAUUCUGGCCAAGAAACCCAGCAACAGCAGCAGCGCCACCGUCAUCAAGACGGAGCCCCUGCAGCAGCACCACCACCUCCACCAGAUGCCCCACCACCAGUACGUCCAUCCGUACUCCAACUCGGACGGUGAGCUGUCCGCCUCCGAGGACUUCGACUCCCCCAGCCGCACCAGCACUCCCAUGAGCAGCGCCGCCGAGAGCCUCUCCUCCCAGAACAACGACAAGCUCGACGUGGAGUUCGACGACGAGCUGGAGGACCAGCUGCUGGAGGACGAGCAGGACUGCGAGGAGGGCGAGGGCAACCCCAGCAAGAAGCAGAAGGUCAGCUCCGGCGCCGACAACAAGAAGCCGCCCUACAGCUACAACGCCCUCAUCAUGAUGGCCAUCCAGGACAGCCCCGAGCAGCGCCUGACCCUGAACGGCAUCUACCAGUACCUGAUCAACCGCUUCCCCUACUUCAAGGCCAACAAGCGCGGCUGGCAGAACUCCAUCCGGCACAACCUGAGCCUCAACAAGUGCUUCACCAAGAUCCCGCGCAGCUACGACGACCCCGGCAAGGGCAACUACUGGAUCCUGGACCCCUCUGCCGAGGAGGUCUUCAUCGGCGAGACCACUGGCAAGCUGAGGCGCAAGAACCCCGGAGCCAGCCGCACCCGCCUGGCCGCCUACCGCCAGGCCAUCUUCUCGCCCAUGAUGGCCGGAGGCUCCCCGUACGGUGCUCCUGCCCCGGGCUACGGGUAUCCAGGUGUGCCUUUCGCCGGAGCCGCAGCCGCCGCCGCCGCUGCUGCCGCCGCCCUGUACCAGCGCAUGAAUCCCGCUGCCUACCAAGCUGCCGCCGCGGCCGCCGCCGGCUACCAGCAGAUGCAGUACCAGGCCGCCCCGCAGGCCCAUCCCCAGUCCGGCCCGGUCUCCGCCCCACACCCCGCCCAGAUGCAGGGCUACCCGCCGCACCUCAACGCCGAGCUGUUCCAGCGCAUGCAGUUCUUUGGAAAGUUCCCCAGCAGCUAGACCCUCUGCUCCGGACGACAAAAAACCAAGCCCAGCGCUUAGGAUCACCACAAACCCAGGGACGAGCCGGGGAUGGGGGAGGAGAACCAGGAGCUUCUCCUCUGGCACCUAAUCCCCUCGGAACCCUUGACGUCUAAAUGCUGCCAUUUAGCAAUUUCCUUUGGACCCAUUCUCUGCAGGAUCGACCUGGAAAGUCGCUAUCAGAAUCAAGGAGGCACUCGGAAUUCUGGCCCCAGAUGUUGGCCAGUUCUUGACGAAGAGAGCCCUUGUAGUUUGGCUGCAAAUAUUCUACUAUAUUUUAUUAAAAAAAAAAUAAAUAAACAAACAAAUAGA